AUGGCCCAUGCAACUGCGAGACGGGAGCAGGUACUUACAUACAACCAGGCCAUCAGUCUCCAAGGAAGAAGAAGCUGGAGAAAUGCUCUGGCGGUGAUUCGUGUGAUGUGUUCUGCACGAAUAUCUCCGGACGCUGUGUCGUACAAUUCCUGCAUUAGCUCCUGCGGCCGUGCGACCACAUGGGACAGGACUCUGGACAUCCUCCGAGCCUUCUAUAGAAGCUCGACUCGGCUAAACACAGUCACGUUCAAUGCCACCAUGCAAGCCUGUGUCAACCAGCACAUCUGGGGUUUGGCAAUCAUGAAAUUGGAAGAGCUUCGUCAACAAGACCUCAGCUACGAUUCUGUGACAUGCACCACGUCGAUUUGCAACUACGCCGAGGUGUCCCUGUGGGAACAAGCUUGGCGAAGUCUGUCACAUAUGCCAAAGAACUCUGUACAGGUUAGUGUCCUCGCAAUAGGUGCGGUUUUGAAUGCAUGCGAGAAGGACAGGCAGUGGAGGCGAGCUCUAGGUGUACAAGAUUGGAGCUUUCAAGCUGGCCUCGAAAUGAACACAGUUUUGGGCAAUAUCAUGAGCUGUGUGCACAGGGCAUGCAUGCUUUGGCGAAGGUCCAUCUUCGUUCUUCAUGGUUUCCAGCUGCGGAACUUGGAACCAGAUGUCAUUGCCUUCAGUAGCUGCACCAGGGGAUGCUCGGCUGUAUUGGCCUGGGAAAGGGCCGUCGUCUUUCUGCAACUUCUGGGCGGAUCUGGCAUCCCUGCUGACACUCUCAUGUGCAACUCACAGAUCAGCUCGUGUGGUUCUUGGCCGGCCGCUUUACUGCUUUUGGCUGAGAUGCCACUCUCGAGUGUGCGAUGCAGCAUUGCAUCACACAACUCAUGCGUCGACAUGACAGCCAAGUCCUCGGCUUGGCCAUGUGCCUUCAUGCAAGUCAAGGAGCUUCAGGUAAGAGGCUUACACCCGGAUGUGAUCACCCUGACCGCAAGCAUGGCAGUGACUGCAGCAACAGAAUCGAGGGAGUCCGAGUGGCAGCGGGCCUUGGCCCUGGCUUUGCCCGACAAGCAGGAAAGGCCCCUCACUGCCCUUAUCAUUUCUCAGAGGUGGCAUGAUGCUCUCAGCAUGCUUUUGAGUCUCAUCUACCUUGGAACGAGGCCAGGAGGUAGCAUCAUCGCCCAGAAUGCAGCGAUCAGUGCCUGUGAGAGGGAAGGGGCCUGGGAGUUUGCUUCGCACUUGCUCCGAUGGCCCACUGGACAUAGCAUGCUUGGAGAUACCAUUGCGCACAGCGCGGCAGUCACCGCUUGUGCACGUGCUAUUCAGUGGGCUGAUGCUGCUGUUCUCACAAGCCAGAUAGCUGCUGAGCGGCUUCAGCCCAAUGCGGUCACUUUGAAUGCCGUCUUAAGCGCAUGUGACAGGGCGGUGCUGUGGCUGGCAGCAUUCCAAUGUCUCCAAACGUUCCAUCACAUCAGACUGUUGCCAGACCGCAUCACAUACAACACAAGUUUGAGCGCUUGCGCGAAGAGCGCGCAAUGGAGAAAAGCAACGCACCUUCUCCACGAAGUCGAUCAUACAUCUCUCAAGGCUACGCUCAUCACCUACAAUUCUGCUUGGAAGGCAUACAGCAAAUCACUUCAAUGGCAUCAUGCGUUGGCCCUGUGGUCCCGAAUUCAGAAUUCUGUACAGCCCAACUCCAUGUCCUACGAGGCUAUCUUGGCAGGCUUCAAGAGUCAGUGGCGGCUUGCAUGGUUUUUUCUGUCGCAGAUCCGGCUUGCGUCUGUAGAGUUUGCAGCUGCUCCAUAUGAGCAUGUCAUGUCAGCGUGUUUCAUGGCAUGCCAAUGGCGCAAGCUGCCGCUUUUGGCGGAGACUGUCUCGCACCAGACACUUUGUCUUUUGGGAGACCAUCGCAGACGCGAUGGGAUGGUGUGUGCCAAAUAA